AUGGCUCCUACAGCAGUGCACGUCGCUGGUCAGCUGCGCCAGUUAAUUUAUUAUCAUCUCGACAACAGUCUUCUCAAAAACGCCCUAUUCCUGGCCGCUCGACUCGUAGCCUACGAACCUCGAUCCUCCGAGGCCGCAUACUUGUUGUCGUACUGCCAAUACCAGUCUGGCUUUUCAAAAGCAGCCUGGGAAACCAGCCGAUCUGCGGGACUGAGAGGUCUUCACCUCGGCUGUAGCUACGUCUUUGCACAAGCGUCGCUCGAGCUGGGCCGUUAUGUGGACGGACUGACAGCGUUGGAGAAGAGUAAACACUUGUGGCAGAACCGGAAUGCUUGGGGUCAACACACUGAAUCUCGGAGGCAACAUCUACCCGACGCGGCAGCAGUCUUGUGUCUCAAGGGCAAACUGUGGAAAGCUCACAAAGACCUCGAUCAGGCGGUGGAGUGCUGGGCUGCUGCGCUGAAACUGAAUCCUUUCAUGUGGGAUGCAUUUACUGGUCUGGCCGACUCUGGCGCAAAAGUCAGCGCCCCAAACAUUUACAAAAUGUCCUCCGAGGUCAUAGCCGCCACACAUCAGGCACAUCAGCAAACUACAAGAGUCGAAGCCGCUGCCGAGAGAAACGUGGCGUCGAACCAUAUCACUCAGGACCGAAGUCAGCUGCCUCCGGACCCGUUCGUGUCCUCGCAACGGCCGAAUGGAAACAAUUCUGUUCUUUGGGAGAAACUCAAUGGCAGCAAGAUCAGCGUCAACACUGCCAGUACAAUCCUAGAUGAGGAGGGUUUGAAUACGCCGUCUGUGGACACAGAGGCUGAUGAGGGUGUAUUAAACGGGGCUCCCGUAAACCAUCUUCACGAGCCUCCAGCUGCACCUGUUCGAAAAGUAAAGACUUCAGCUGAAGCGCCGGCAGAUCCUCCUCCUAGGUGGAAGACAGGGUCCGCGAGAAUGAGAGCGAAAGCGAAGCCCGCCGAUGAUCCGACCGUAUUACAGGAUCCCCCUCCUGCACCGGCUGCACCAUCUAAGAGGACAGUUUCAGGUCAGCCGGCGCCCACAAAUCAUGCAUCCGCAGUCGCAGAGGGCACGAGAAGGAGCAAUCGAUUGCUCAAUACCACGAGGCCACCCACUGCGAGCAGUACGACAGGAAGCAAAAUUUCUUCGUUGGCAAAUACUCUUGGCUUACGGGAAGGUAGAGAUAUCAAAAAGGCCAAGGCUCCGGUUGUAAGAGCCCGAACAGCAAACACUUCAACUGUUGGACGAGUUGUGAGCGGGAAUCGGACGAGAACAGGAUCAGCAGAUGCGAUGGAUGUGGACAGCAGAGAGCAAAAGUCGACGAACGUGCCUCCUGUGCCCGCCUUACCCAUUGCCAAAGCUCGGGCAGAAUCACUUGUGACAAAAGAGCUCGAAGCAAUCCAGUCCCUCCUCGAUUUGUUUAGCAGACUGGCAUCUGCCCAACUGUAUCUGUCCAAUUACGAAUCCCAAACAGCCAUUCAAAUAUACAACUCUCUGCCUUCAGCACAACGAGAAACGCCGUACGUCCUCGCCCAGAUCGGCAAGGCGUAUUACGAACAAGCACAAUAUGUCGAGGCCGAAAAGUUCUUUGUGCGAGUAAGGCAACUCGCGCCGACGCGGUUGGAGGACAUGGAGAUAUAUUCCACGAUUCUCUGGCAUCUCAAGAACGAGAUUGAACUCGCCAAUCUCGCCCACGAGCUCGUCCAGUUGGAACGACUCUCCCCUCAGACAUGGUGUGCCAUUGGCAACUCGUUUUCUCUUCAGCGCGAACAUGAACAAGCUCUGAAAUGCUUCAAACGUUCAACGCAACUUGACCCCAAUUUCGCCUAUGGCUUCACCCUCCAGGGCCACGAAUACAUCUCGAACGAGGAAUUUGAAAAGGCCCUUGAAGCAUACCGCGCCGCGGUCGCCGCCGACCCGAGACACUACAAUGCUUGGUACGGUCUUGGAAAGGUGUAUGAAAAGAUGGGCAAAUGGAAGAUUGCCGAACAACAUUAUCGAACUGCAGCCAAGAUCAACCCUACCAAUGCCGUGCUGAUAUGCUGUAUUGGCCUCGUCCUCGAGAGACUCAAGCAGCCCGAGAAGGCGUUGCAGAUGUACACUCGUGCAUGCACGCUCGCACCGAAUAGUGCAUUGGGCCGGUUCAAGAAGGCAAGGUGUCUCAUGAGUCUAGGACGGCCCCGGGACGCCUUGGCAGAGUUGUUGAUCCUGCGGGAUGUCGCACCCGACGAGGCCAAUGUGUGGUUCUUGAUGGGCAGGCUGUACAAGAUGCUGAGAGAAAAGGCCAAUGCCGUCAGAGCCUUCACCAUGGCUCUCAAUCUGGAUCCCAAGGCAGCUCAAUUCAUCAAAGAUGCCAUGGAGAGUUUAGAUGACGAAGACGAAGACGGUUAUGACGAGGAUGAAGAUAUGGACUGA